AGUCAUUGCAUUCUUUAUGGGAGCUGAUAAAUCAGAAGAAGAAGAGUCAGUAGCCUCGGGACAGAUCCCCGAGAUCGCCGAUGAUGCUGUAUUCCUCUCGAGCGAAACGGUUGAUACUCCCGUCAUUCAGGGGUACGAUUUUAAUAACGGAGUCGACUUCAAUGCGAUGAUGGAUCAGAUGAUGUAUACAGGCUUUCAAGCCACCAAUCUUGGCUUGGCGUUCAAGCAAAUCGAUGCGAUGCUGGAUUGGAGUCUCAAUGACGAGCCUGUGGCUGACGAUGAGGACGAGGAGUUCCGAAGUGAAGAGGCACGUUUGGACGUACGUACGAAGGUAUGGCUUUCGUACACUUCCAAUAUCAUCUCUAGUGGAUGCCGUGAGCUCAUCCGGUAUAUAGCUGAGCACCAUAUGGCGCAAGUGUUUAUUACUACGGCUGGUGGCAUCGAGGAGGAUUUCAUCAAAUGCCUCGCGGACUUCCAUCUCGGUGACUUUGCUCUUGACGGUAAAACGUUACGUCGUAGAGGACUCAACCGCACGGGAAAUCUGAUCGUCCCUAAUGAUAACUACUGCAAGUUCGAGGAGUGGAUCGAGCCUAUCAUCGACAAGAUGCAUGACGAGCAGGAACAGGACGGAGUUAUUUGGACGCCCAGCACCAUGAUUCAUCGUUUCGGUAAGGAGAUCAACGACCCACGCUCGGUCUACUACUGGUGUUACAAAAACAACAUCCCUGUUUUCUGCCCUGCCAUCACUGAUGGAUCGAUCGGCGACAUGAUUUACUUCCAUUCGUAUAAGCGUCCUGGAUUCAUUAUCGAUAUCGCGGCUGACAUUCGGAAGGUCAAUGAUGAAUCUGUGAAGGCGCGCCAUACCGGAGUUAUCGUCAUCGGCGGAGGUGUGGUAAAGCAUCACGCUAUGAAUGCCAACUUGAUGAGGAAUGGUGCCGACCAUGUUGUGUACAUCAACACUGCACAAGAAUUCGAUGGUUGCGACUCUGGUGCUCGCCCCGAUGAAGCCGUGAGCUGGGGUAAGAUCAGGAUCGAUGCCAAGCCUGUGAAGGUGUACACUGAGGCCACACUUGUCUUGCCUCUCAUCAUUGGGAAGUGCUUUGCCCCUAGGGUGGCCUCUGGGGAAUGGGAGAGAACUCGAGGGGACGGCACGCGGAUUGUUUAUAACAAGUCGUAUACUCCCAGCGAGCAUGAUAAGGAGAGGAGGAAGUUGAUGGCCGUUAACUGAUUCGUCACUACUGUUAUUUUGCUUAACGAUAGUUCGUUACACCGUUCCGUCUGCUUUAUCUUC